AUGCCUUCACAUAAUCCGACAGACGAAACAGAGGCGACGGGCCAGAGCGUUCUACCACUCGCCAGGAUAAAAAAGAUCAUUCAGUUGGACGAAGAUAUAGCACAGUGCUCGCACAAUGCGACUUUUCUUAUAGCAAUGGCUACAGAGCUAUUCAUUCAAUAUCUCGCCGAGCAAGGAUAUAAUGUCGUCAAAUCGGAGCGCAAGCCACGAAAAACCAUACAAUACAAAGAUCUCGCAACCGCAGUCUCGCGAAUCGACAACCUCGAAUUCCUCGCCGACGUAAUCCCCAAGACUACCACCUACCGCCAGUUCAAAGAAAAGCGAGCUCGCGAAGUAGCGCAGGACGCGGCGCCCGAGAUAGAAAAGGAACUGACGGCAGGACAGAAUGGCGUGGCUCGUCUGCCGGGAGGACAGACAACGCUCUUUGCAGCGUCGAAUGGGAGCAGAGCUAAUGCUGCGACGGACAGUCCCAUGCCCACGGUGUCGAUGAUGAUUGAUCCGACUACAGACACUGAGUCUGGUGCGAAUGGCGAUGUGGAAAUGACCGGAUAA